GAGGUUCUCCGAGGAAAAGCGGGACGAAAAGAGGGAAACGAAACAGUCACCGUUAAAAGGGUGAAGAUGAAUAUGAAGUCGUUUUCUGUCCUGUGUAUGUCACUUCUUUUGUUUCACACCCCUUUUUUGCUGGCCAAAAGAGGAGGCGGGUUCGGUAAAAGUUUUGGCUCAAAAAAGGUCUCCACAUCCAACCGAGGCAGCACCAACACCAAUAAAGCAAGCAACAACAACCAGGGCUCAGCUUCUCAGGGUGGGUAUCCUAAGCAGCAAGGACAAAACAACCAAGGAGGCUACCCUGUACAAGGUGGUUACUACAACCAGUAUCCAGGAAGAGGGUCCCCUUAUGGAGGAGGGUAUGGAGGAUACCCGGGUGGUUAUAUCAACUACAACCCAAACAACAGAAUCUUGAGCCCUCGCUAUGGUGGUAGCUUUGGUUAUGGGGGUUAUAACUCCAGGGGUGGCUCUCCAUUUUCCCAGUCAGUCAGUGCUAUGGGUAUAUAUCCUGGUGCCAGAUCCAAAGGGUUUGGGAGCAGUGCAGCUAUGGCAGCAGCUGGAGGGUCUAUGGCAGGAAUGGCCCUAGGCUACGGCUUAGGAAGUUUCCCCCGGCCUCAUUUCAAAUUCCACAACACCCAGGAGGAGUAUUAUUACAACCACUAUAUGUACAGGAAAUAUGGCACCCGUUCCUCUGACUCCAACAACUACAGCAGAGACUAUAAGUUCAAUCAGCCCCCACAAGGUUAUGAGAGCUACAUGGACAUGUGCAUGAAAAGAACAGACCUUCUGCCUGCAAACAACCAGAAUUCAAAAACCAGACUACCAGCCAGCACCACAACCAAAGAUACUGACUCCAGUCUGGUCACGUUCAACAAUAAUACAGGCACAACAAAGAUCAACAGCAGUGCAGUGGAAAACUCGAUGACCCCCGUACCUUCAACUCCCCUCCCUUUAAAUCAGCCUUACAACGAUCCUAGCAGCAGCGCUGAAGAUGACGAUACAGUCAGCAUCGUGGAGAUUGGCUACCCGGCACUGAUCGAGCAGCUCAAGGCCAAGAGAUGUUUAGAACUCUACAUGGUUUACGCCGAAAGGUAUUUAGUAAAACAGACUGGAGGAGCGCAAGGGCUGAAGAUGAACUGUCAAGGGCUUAUAUCUGUGAUUUCUCUGAUGGUAAUUAAUAACAUACUAAUGUUGGUGCAAUGAGGUCUUAACUUGCUGAGGUAUUGAUGGAAAAUGUGCCACCAUAGGAUGAGUAAAUAAUAAAGUAAAAGUAAAGCAGUG